AUGGCCAACCUUCUCAGAACUGCUAAGUCUGGCAGCAACUGGACUACGGCAGAGCUAGACGCAUACAAUAUCACCGUCGUCCCUCAAACCAAAGCCGAGUUCUUUGGGACUAACGAUUUCCCCGAUCCAACAGAGCCGUCAUUGUUGGGCUUCAUGAAGAACGAAUCUCGAGAGACGGCCACAGAAAAGAAGACGAAGCAAUUACUCCACUACCUCGACUUGGCGAUGGAUCCGAAAAUGGGUCAGGAGGCGGCUGUUGCCAACUUCGCCGCUGAGUUAUUGCGAGGCCUCGAAUACGAUGACAACGAUAGGAUCGUUUUCAUCCGGCAUGCCAUUCCUUUUCUCAUCUGUGGGGAGACCUUGAUUGCCCAGACUGACGUUUGCGUCAUAGACGAUGACGAAAUUUUGCUGCUGUUACAGGAGGAUAAGAGGUUAACAAGCAUGAAGGAUCCGGAGCCUCAGGUCAUCGCAGAGGCGAUCGCUGCCUUUGCGAUGAACAAUAUGAAACGGGAACGCCACCUUAACCUCCAACCUCGCGACGCCAUCAUGUUCCCUGCCCUCACCAUGAUCGGCACCACCCCAGCCUGGUACAAAGUCCCCGUCACUGCUGCACUGAGCAAAGCAGUUCGGACCGGGACUUAUCCCGAGAUCGAAACUCGUGUUCUUCGUUACAUCCCCGCCCUCCCUCGCAGAAACAGCGAAGGGAUGCGCCCCCUUCCAAACAGGCUCGAAAUCUUGCGAUGUCUUGAGGCGUUCAAAAGGUUCUUGGGAAACUGA